AUGUCGGCGACAGUGACCAGCUCGAUACCCAAACCAAAGAAACGGAAGGCACGUCCUGACGACGAUGCACCAGCAAAGGCUGCAAAUUCAACAGUUCCUGUCGGCAAGAAAAGGAAACACAACGCAAAAAAGAGAAAGGGAGCCGUCCAAGAUGACGACAGUCUCCUGGACCUCGACGCCGGCCUGAACCUAGCCAUUGCUAAUAUGGAUAGCCAACUGCUAUCCGACUACCUGGCUCAGCAGACGACCCGAUUCGGUACCGAAUUGAGCUCGGUGGAACUGGCCGACUUGCACGUGCCUGGGGGCGCCAUCAAGGACACCAGCUCCUUUGGUGACGAUAAGCCAAGGAACCUGGAGAACCUUCCAUUGUUCCUCGAGACCUUCGCUGAGGGCGGGGCUGACGAGAUGGGUAGGGCGUCCAAGGAAAAGGGAGCCCCGCAUACCAUCAUCGUGGCGGGCGCAGGCUUGAGGGCGGCGGAUCUCUGUAGGGCAGUGAGAAAGUACCAGAAGAAAGGCAACACGGUAGCCAAGUUGUUUGCAAAACACAUAAAGCUGGAAGAAGCUGUCAGCUUUUUAAAGAACAAUCCAACGGGGGUUGCAGUUGGCACUCCUGUGCGGCUCAUGGAUUUGCUUGAUAAUGGCGCACUAUCAACCAAGAGCCUCCGCCGCAUUGUGGUCGAUGCCUCUCACAUUGACCAAAAGAAGAGGGGCGUUAUGGAUAUGAGGGAGACAGCAAUCCCCCUUGCCCGCUGGCUUGCGAGACCCGAGUUCAAAGAGCGAUAUCUUCUUCGGUGCCUCUUUGAGGCCUGUCCUCCGAAUUCUUACACGACCGCUGUACAAAACGCGGUUUUUGCUUGUCAACACUCUUCUCCGGACGGGAAUGGAGUUUUGCAGCAGGAUGAAGAUCUUCUUCCGAGGGGAGUAGGCCCUAGCUUCCCCGAUGGACAUCCUGUUCACGAGGCCCCUGAUGGUACUCUAGUACUUCCACCGCCCGACGUCAAUCUAGGAAGGGGCCCGGAAGAUCAACUUACCACGGACCCUCGCGCAACCGCCAAGUUUGCCGGGUCUCGUUUUGGCGGCAAAGAAGGUGCUUUGUAUGGUCCGGGAUCUAGUGGACUCACACCUGGUACUGGCAACGGAGUCUCCCCUGUCCAGGGCCCUUGGGCUACGACAUUUCCUGACCCCAACGGGGGGCAUAUUAUAGAGACGCCCGGCACACUGCCUGUAGAAGGAAACGCUCCUCAACAAUUACCUGCAGUCCCAAGCACCGGAUUUCCCGGUGAAGGUUACAAUGGUGAGAAUCUGCCUGUUGGAAACUCAAACGACCCGGACAAGCCGAACGGAAUAGGCGCAUCACCCAAUAUUUUGCCUCCCCCGGUUCAGUCAGCUAUACCCAUUCCCCCUGUCCCAGUUUCUCCUGGAACUGUCAUAGACCCAGAGAACUGCGAAACUCAAUCGAAUUUGCCGGUCUUGGGUCGACCAACUCAUCCUCCCAUCGCCAACCCUACCCCCGUGAAUCCUCUGCCUAUUGUCUCAACUAUUGCCGCCCCACCAACCACGGUACUGUCUACGGUGCUUGUUGUCUCGACAAUGGCAACAACCAUGACGGAAACCAUUUCAGUCCCCUCGCCAGUCAUGAUGACAGUCACGGUGGCGACGCCUUCACCAGUGCCCACCACCAUAACAGUGGCUACCCCAACACCUAACUGGACCACAGUAACGGUGCCUGCACCCUUUCCAGUUACAAGGACAUCGACGGUUGUCGUGGCCUCGCCAUCUCCCGUCCCGGUACCUUCGCCGAUGAUGGUUGACCGUCCUGUAUACGUGCCACAGUUCAUCCCACAGCCAGCGCCAGAGCCCGUAACUGUCUUUGCUGCGCCGCAACCUGCGAUCGUCAGCCAGCCAUCUAUGGUUACUGUUUUGGCACCUCAGCCAGCAGUACAGACAAUGGCACUACAAACUAUAACAGUUAUGGCUGCGGUUCCCCCCGCUGGUGCUGGCCAGGCAUACGUGAUUCAGAUUCCAGAUCAUAGCUUCCAUCCAGAUCCUGGGUUUUCCUGGGCACCUGGUGGCCAAGCAGGAUCCUUUCCUCUGGGAAACAGUUUAGGCGUUAUUCCAGCCGUCGGCCAGCUUCCUGGGUCCGCGUCUGUUUCAAAUAGUGGCCAUGGCGGUGCCGCCAUGCCUAGCAACUUGGGCAAUGGCCAGGGACAUAGCCCUGAAAAUGGUAUCGUCGGAAAUAGUUCCCCCGGAGCAGUUGGGCCAUCCAACAAUGGCAGCCCGUCCUCAAGCACCGGUGUCGGCAAUAACCAGCCUCACAUACCCACGGCCGGCGACUCACCAAAUCAUGUUCCCGGUGUCAUCGGUUCCCCAACUGGUGGGGCCGCUGGAAACGUCCACCCGGGUGCCCCUGGAUCACCUGCAAGCAAUGGUCCUCUGGUCGGUGUUGGCGUAGGUGGCAGUGCCAAUGGACAGGUGGUAAAUGCUCCCAUUCUAGGUGGGGCUAGCAACGGCCUAGGGGGCGUCUUGGGCACCCCAAGCAACAAUGCUGGUCCGGUUGUAGGAAGCACACCGGACAACACUGGUCCUCUCGUUGGUGUCGGUGUUGGAGAAAGUGCUCACGGACAACUGGUAGAUGCUACCAUACUCAGCGGGGCGAGCAACGGUGUUGGGAGCAUCUUAGGUACACCGAGCAACAGUGGCAGUUCAACGGGAGGGAAUGCACCUGGCACCACUGGCCCUCUCGUGGGCGUUGGAGUUGGAGAGAGCUCCCACGGACAGUUGGUAGAUGCUACCAUACUUGGCGGAAAUGGCGCAGGCGGCAGCAGCCGCAACGGUAUACUGGAUGUCAGUGUCGGCCCCUUGGCGGAUAUCAGUGUGGGAAGCGGAGGUCUCGGCAGUCUUCUUGGCACAGGUCCAUCAAAUUCCUUGGGCACGGGCAAUCAAGCCUCACUUCUGAAUAUUGAUGUCCUUCCGGGUGCUGGUAGUGGCCUGGUGAGUGGGAGCAGGAGCAUUAGUCGGUCCAUCACCAGUCAAGAUAUACCCGCAGGACUGCUCAACGCCUACGGCGAUCUCAGCCUGUAUUCGCGUUCGACAAGCACCAAGCCUGGUCUUGCCAGUCCUCCUGACCAAAACUUUCCUGGAGUUCCGCAUACUCCCAAUGAUGCGACAGAGAUUAUCCCCUCGACCGUCUUCCAGACAACAACGUCGGUGUCAACACUUACAGUCCCUCGCGAACAUCCUCCGAAAGACGAUGUCAACUCAGCCACUACACCACAGGUGCCUUGGGUUACUGUUAUCACCACGCCACCCAAUCCACCGCCUGGGACCUCGCUUUUUCCAAGUGUGCCAAAAGAGCCCUCAAAACCCAUAGUUCCACAGACACCAAACGCACCACCUGGGCCCCCGAACAUCCCGCCAAACACACCGGGUACUCCCAAUGCUCCAAAUUCUCCAGGCACUCCCGAUGCUCCUAACACCCCAGGCGUACCGAAAACGUGGAAGACUCCGGAUACCCCAAGCCCUCCUGGUGCCCCGGGUAUCCCCAAUACGCCUGUGGUUCCAGGGACAUGGAAGACACCCGGAGUCCCAAGCUCGCCCAGGCCUCCAACGAACCCCGGCAUACCUAACCCGCCAAACAAUCCGUUCACGCCAAAUGGACCGGAGUUUUGGAGUGGGUUCUCUCAACAGGCGCCAGGACAGACAGUCCGUGUUUGGACACCUAGUGGCAGCAGCACAUCCCCUCCGGGAACCAGCUCCGAGCCACUCACGCCAAACAGGCCUGUGCCUUCGAGCCCGGGAACCACCGGGAGGGGUUCUACUACUUUCACUCCGCCUAGCCCAGGCGCACCGCCACCAGCCAACGUUCAAAGCUCCCCACCACCGGGAGGAUCGCCGCCAAUGCAGUCAACUCCAGGUCUGAUCAUCAGCCAGCCUCUGCCGUGGCCACAGACUCGGACUGCACCACCAGGAAGUUCGAUCAACUCAAGGUCCAGUGUCAGCAGACAAGAACCUCCACCUGAAAGUCCUCCAGAUGGGCUGCCUCCUAGCAGCCCUCCACCGCAGAUUCCUCCUGACAUCUCCCUCGCGGGGCAGUCUACCAUGUUCACAUUGUUGACCACGCCCACCCAAGGGACAGUUUCGGUUGGAACGCCUCCUGCUUCGCCCCCCUUGUCUGAUGCCCCGCCUGAUCAGCCUCCUGCUGAAGUCUCACCUCCGCCCGAUAAUCCUCCCGCUGGAGAGCCUCCGUCCCCGCCUAUCACUCAACUUACCACCCCGACCACAGGACCAGUUAUACUUACGCUCUCCGUCAGCACGGAGACCUCGCCCCAAGCAACUCCUCCUACAACUGGCCCGACACCUACAGGGGGUGCGAUCAGCGCACAGCUUCCAGUAGUAUCCGCGAUUACUUCAAUCACGCCCUCGCAACCGCCAGGGGUGCCAACAGCCUCAUUACCAACGCCGACUCCCGAAGAAACAGGCUCACCGUCUCCGCCAGGGGUGGUUGUUGGUUCUCCGGAUGUCUCGCAGCCGCCUGUGCCUCCUUCAGAUGCUCCCCCAUCUUCCCCAUCCGCUGGCCUUACACCGUCGGGUGAGAGUCAGUCCUUGUUCAUCUCGACCAUUGCAAGAACUACGACAUUCAUACCACCGGGCCAAACAUCGCCGGUCUUGUCCAUCACGGAGAUUACCGUUACGUUCAGUGGAAGCAAUGCCACGCCAGGUCCAAGUGUAAACCUGCCACCUGGAAUCCCACAGCCAACACAGGUGAAUGGAUCUUUGUCCGAGCACCGAGGAGGCGGAACUACUUUGACAUCGAUAUUCAGGCCCAACAGCACAAGUACACAAACUGAGACGGGAACAGGGACGACCCCGCUGGAACAACCGCCGCAGUUCACAGGAGAUGCUGCAAGGAAGCACUCCUUCGGGGUGACUAUCAUCACAGCACUGGCCUUGCUUGUCUAUUUCGGCAUCUGA